GUACAGAAUGGGUUGGAGAAAAGGAAGAAGGGGAAGACCACACAAAACAAGUUGCAGAAGUCCAAAGGACUUCACACAAGUCCCUGGGACCAACCAGAACACUGAUUGAUGCAGCAUCUGGAUGGAGAUCUAGCUGGGAGAAGGAAGACGCUCCUGGAAGGAACUGACACAGGAUAACAACAUGGAAAGGAGACCCCAGGAGAGCAGGAAGGGUCUCACCCACAGAGCAGUCCCCCGGGUUGCUGGGCUGCUGCUUGCCAUGGCCCUCAUGAAUGUGCUCCUUUACCUCUGCCUCGAUCGAUUUUUUAUUUCCCCUCGACGAUCCACUGAGGACCCUGGGCUCUGUCCCUAUGGUUACUUCAGAAUGGGACACAUGAAAAACUGCUCGCCCUGGCUGUCCUGUAAGGAGCUGAGGACAGAAGUGAGGCAGUUAAAGUGCGUUGGGGAAGGAGCUGUGAAGAGAGUCUUUCUGUCUGAGUGGAAGGAAAAUAAAGUUGCUCUCUUACGGCUGACCAGUCCAGAAAUGAAAGAUGAUUUCCUGCAUGGACUGCAGAUGCUGAAAUCUCUACAAAGCAAACAUGUUGUCAUGCUGCUUGGCUAUUGUGAGGAUGACAACACUAUCCUUACUGAGUAUCACCCCUUAGGUUCUUUGAGCAACCUGGAAGAAACACUAAACCUUUUGAAGUACCAAAAUGUGAACACAUGGCAGCACAGACUGCAACUGGCCAUGGGUUAUGUUGGCAUCAUUAACUACCUGCACCACAGCCCCCUGGGCACAUUGGUCAUGUGCGAUUCUAAUGACCUGCCUAAGACAUUGUCCCAGUAUUUACUCACAAGUAACUUCAGCAUUGUGGCAAACGACUUGGAUGCCUUACCCCUGGUAAACCACAGAUCUAGGACAUUUGUGAAGUGUGGACACAGGGAGCUUCAUGGGGAUUUUGUGGCUCCAGAGCAGUUGUGGCCCUAUGGAGAGGCCAUACCUUUUCAUGAUGAUCUCAUGCCCUCAUAUGAUGAGAAGGUUGACAUUUGGAAGAUUCCAGAUGUCUCUAGUUUCCUUUUGGGUCAUAUUGAAGGGAGUGAUAUGGUUCGAUUUCAUUUGUUUGAUAUUCAUAAGGCCUGUAAGAGCCACACUCCUGCAGAAAGACCCACUGCUCAGGAUAUUCUGGACACUUACAAGAAGGUUUUAAACUCACUCAGAGACACUAUGAUGUCUCAGACAAGAGAAAUGCUAUAAGACCUAGUGCAGUCAUUGAAGGAUGGUAUUUAAGGACUGAAUGGAAGUUACAGCAAUUCUAUUCUGAUGAUGGAGGUUUUUGAUUGACUUGGUGUUUCACUGUGUUUUGCUGUUGGGCCAUGUAGUUCUUUCUCUACAUGUGCCUGACAUUUGAGUGUGCUUUUCUGUCCUGGCAACCUGGAUGGAAGUUGUUAAGAGCAAACCAGAUAUGAUUUAAAUCUAGCUUCACUUUUCUCUGGCUGCUUGCUUUCUGGUGAAGAUACAGAGAAGCAGUGAAUCUACCCAAUAUUUGAUGGAAGUAAUAAAAGUAUAGCCAUAAAGAAGCUUCACCUACCCUGAUA